GCGGCGCAAAAGGGAGAGCAAAACCGGCAUAACUGGCAGACGGUGGCGGACUGGAUUCACAAUCUCCCCAAAGUAGAAGGCGCAGAAGACCCAGAGAGGGUCAAGUUCCAGUUGGCUGAGUUUCUCGCCACUGGUCUGGGGGAUCCCCAACCGCUGUGUGACCAGGUGGAGCGUUUCGCCCGCCAGGCCAAGGCUAAAGAAUACGACGAGGACAAGGCCCAAUACCAAGCGUGGUUGGAAGAAGCCCAGGCUGGAAGUAUGAGACCUCUGUUCCGUACAGUUAAAAGCCAUGAGGCGACCACGGUCAGGCCUUUCGGGCACGUGGAACCUGGUCUGCGGCCUUUCCUUCGGUUUAUCCAGUGGCAGGAAAUUUGGGGCGCGACGGACAGUGCCAUCGAAAAGGUGAUGCUGUUAUCACAGCAACAGGCCAAGGAGGAAGCGAAGGAGCUAAAGGCCUUAACGGGACAAGACUACCUCCGCAAGUUCCGGAAACUACCCAAUAAGGCCCCGGGUCCGGACGGCUGGACUGUACAAGUCCUGAGAGCCCUUCCGCUCCAGGCCUGCGAGUGGAUCGCCGAAGUAUGCCGGAAAGUCGAAUUGACAGGGGAGGCCCCAGCCCAAUGGACCGUCUCCCUGGUGGUCUUGAUGGCCAAGAAGCCGCAAAUCGAGCGUCCAAUAGCCUUGUGUCACGUUGUCUACAAGGCCUGGGUGAAAGCCAGGUAUUAUCUGGUAGAGCGUUGGCUGGAAGGCUUCGCUGACAAGGCGCCAUGGGACGCUGCCCGCAAGGGCAGCUCCUGUCUCGAUGUCUAUCGCGGUUGCAGGCUGCUUUCAGCGGAGAAUAAGAUUUCUCCAGGAGCCUUCGCGGGCCAGGGUAUCCUAGCCGGAUGCCCAAUCGCCCCGGCUCUAAGUAAGCUUGCUCUCUACGACUGUUGCCAGCGUGCCCACGACAGCCAGUACGCUGACACCAUCAGCGUAUGGUUGGACGACAUUUCCGGGGAUGUCGAGAGCAAGUACCCGAAGGCGACGGCGGCCAGGAUCUACAAAUUCUAUUCACUGCUCAAGGAAGAACUGG